AUUGACUGGAAAAUUAAAAUAUCGUCAUAAGCUUAUAUGAAGAUUUCACUUUGGAGCAAGUCCUAGUAACUGUGACACGCACUUAGCAUACGUUGCAUCCAUGAAAUUUUCUGACGUUGACACAACUAGACACUAAUGACCCCAACCAAAAAAUAACAUCACGUUACACUUCAAAUCAUCGAAAACUUAAAUUCUCGUAAAAUGCUAACCUUGAAGCAUAAUAUAACUCAAAAUGGAAAAACCAAAUGGCUGAUACGCCCCAUAGCUUACAUCCUGAAAAAGUACAUCAAACAAAGGGAAAUGAAUACUCUGGCUCACACAAGAAACCGCACCGAUCUGCUUCUUGCUAAACGAGUUGAGUGGAAGGCGGUCCAAAAAAGAUUCAUUACUGAUCGUUUUGAUAACCUUGUUCCUAAGAGCAUUCUACCCCUAUGGAAAAGCCCUGCAGGUCCCCAGACGGUCUUCUUUUGGGCUCCACUGACCAAGUGGGGCUUAGUACUGGCUGGUAUAGCAGAUUUAUCUCGACACCCAAGUACCAUCAGUCCCGGUCAAGCGUUGUCCCUCGUAAUCACUGGCCUUAUUUGGUGCAGAUACUCGAUGGUCAUUAUACCGAAGAACCUUAUGUUGCUCAGUGUUAACGCUUUUGUAUUCCUUACGCAAUUCAUACAGCUGCUCAGGUACCAAAUGCAUCAGUUUCGAUUGAAGAAAAAGAACGAUGGUUCCGAAGAGAGAUGAUCAAAAGACAGGCCAGAAGGAUGACUGAAAUGUAUAUAAUGAACUGUUACGUUAUUUGGGUCAUCAGUAUGAUCAUUUCCAAAUAAAUAUUUCCAGUCGA